AUGGAGUUGCUAAGGAGAGACAAAGGACCGAGUCUCGGACACAUGGUUGCUUAUUAUGGUAGCGCAGCGUUUAAGCUUGCUCAUGGCAUCAACAUCUACGACUACAUGAACAAAAUUGACACCCUGGAGUAUGGUCGUGUAAAAGCAACAACGAAGAAUCUCUUACAAGAAGUGGGUUUACGGCAAAGAAGGUGCGAAUUCGCACAUAAUUAUGACCGAGCAAUGAACUGGAGCUGCUCUAGCCUGCGUAGCAAGCGUUUCCAAUCGAGUUAUUGGGCGAAAGUUAGAGCGGAAGCAAAAAAAAGGUUGAAGGGGGAGGGGGAGGGGAGAAGAGGAAACGCUUGCCCGCAAACCCCACGAUUCUGGAAAACGCCCCUUGAUAUUUCACGGUUCGGUUCAUUUGUAAAUUGACAGCUCGUCAAAAUGGAAACAAAACGAACAGAUUACCCCUGGAUAACCAGAUUUGUAAAAUUACUUUGUUCUCUGAUAGAACACGUUGCAGGCAAUUGCAAGAAAUGUAACAAAAAAGAUUUACGAUAAAAGAAAGUUAAAACUAUGAGCGAUUGCUGCAGAAUUUCUUGUUUUUUAUUGUGUGGCUUUAUCUUGUCUGAAACCUUGUCGACACGUCAAAAAUAAUUUGUCCGGAACAAUUCACUCCGCCGGGUAUAAGUUUUGCAGAGCGGCUGCUCUUCAGCCUGUGUCGAAACGUUCUCUACAAUAGAUGCCGCUAAAUUUCCAAUAAACAAAAAGAAUCUUUUCAUUUCAAAAAGCUGACAAAUCGCUUGUCCAUGGCGGCUUUAGCUAGUGUCGAGUACCGAUGUUCUGAUUUAUGUUGAUGUUAUCUCCAACAAACAGUCCAUUUUUGCCAGUCGAUCGGAUUUGCACGCCGUCAUUCUCAAUAAAUUGGCCUUCCCUAGUCUCCACUGCUCGAUCUCCAAUUAUACUUUGAAGACUCUGAUCUCAUAAACCAUCGCACAAACACGAUUCCAAUAAAUAUCAGUCCAAAGCAUUUGUAAUCUGCGACCACAAAUCAGAUGAGACCAGAUCUGUGACGCACGAAAACAAAGCAUACCUGGUUUGAUUGAUGUUUCGAAUGCUAAGUAAUCAACACUACCCGCACCGCGCCAAUCAGAAGCUGCGUUCGUGGGCGAACGCAGUUUUUCAAAAUCGUGGGGUUUGCUGGCAAGCGGUUCCUUCGUUCCCCUCCCCCUCCCCAGUCGUUCAUGUUUUUUUUGCUCUUGUCCCAGCUUUCUAGACGAACCUUGCGAGGAAACGCUUGCCACGCAGGCUAGAGCUGCUCAGCCCACAGCCAAGCGUUUUCACCUUGUACCCCUGGGGUAGGUGUAUACGGAUCAUAGACAUCAGGGGAGGAGAGGGUCAGUUUUUGUCUCGCAUACUUAAAUUACCUGGAUGUGAACACGUCAACGGGGUUCUAUUUGAUUUCCCGGAUGUUAUUGAACGAGCUAAAAGUUCUUAG